AUGUUUAGUUUUAUAUCAGUUAAGGCAAUAUUUUCGAAUUACGCCAGUUCACUGGUGCGUAUUGUAAACCUAUUACCUUUUCAGGAUAAAACGUUGCACGAUGCUUUUAACUGUCCCGUGUUAACGUCUUCUUUGUUAUUGUCGCCGUCGCCGUCGCUGUUACCACAUGCGUCAACGUCUCUUGCUCAUGUUGUUCUCUCCUUCCAUACCCCUCCUCUGGCGAGAAGGGUACCAAGAGGGUUUGGGAGUGGUGCUGUGCGCUUCUGUUAUCAUCAUCAUUAUUAUAAUAAACAGAAGCAAAGGCUACAAGGAGAACAAGUUGCAUCUUCUAUGGCGUUUGGUGCCUUACCACUGUGGUAUCAGUGUCGUGGUUUCAUGACAAGUGGAACAGGCGGGGCAGAUAAUGAAAGAUGUGAAAUCGCAUCUUCUUCAGUACUGUCGGUGCAGGAUUCUCAACAGGAGGAAAAGCAAAAACAGGAACAGCAACAAUAUAAAAAGGAUAGACCAAGGUUAAUUUGUUUAGCCAGGCGUUCUGAUCGUUAUUCUGUUGGUGCUACUACUGUAAUCAGUACACAGUUAAGAAGAAAAGCAAUUAUGAACAGUGAAACUAGAAUGGUUGCUAAAAUUUCAAGUGGAAACUGUUCGUCCUCUCAUAUAGAACCCUUGGGAAAUUUGAAGGAAGAAAUUAAUACAGAGAAUGUGAGGAAUGACCAGAAAUUUGAGGAAGAAAAGGAGCCUAACAAUUACUCAAGUGGAGUAAAAGAGGAAAAUAAACUAUCAGUAUUUGUAAAUGCACCUCCAUUUCCUCAUUCUAUAAGCAGUGGGACUAGUAAUAGAGAUAAUAAUAUCCUUAUCUACAAUAUUUUUACACAUCGUGUUGUAAAACAUUCUGCCUCAAGUAUACGUGCUCUUGGAAUUCUGGGAAUUGGUGUACGUCACGAUACGCAGGAACUUGAUGUAGUAUCUCCUGAUGCCCUUGAUGAAUUACGCGUAAAACUUAUCGCAAAGGAGGUGAGUUGGCCACAAUCAUGGCGUAGUACCAUUUAUCAGCAACUUUAUUAUAUUCUUUUACGUUCAAAAGAUAAAGAUGAAGCUGUUUCUAAGGUUCAAGAGUUGUUGAAAACACAGUAUGAACGUAUUAAAAGUCGUCCUAAUGCUGGUGUUGUAGAAGAUAACACAAAUACGUCUAGUGGUGAUGGUACACCAGUUGAAAGUGGUAGAUACAAUGUUAACAUGACAUUCCAGGAACGAUUGUUAAGGUAUUGUGAUUUAAAUAAUGAACAACAACAAGUGGUAGAUUUUGUACUGGAGGGAUAUAAUACAUAUAUUGGUGGAGGUGCUGGUACAGGUAAAUCACUUUUAAUUCGUGUUAUUAAACAAGAACUUAUGAAUCGGGGUUUAUCUGUUGCUGUAACUGCAACAACAGGUAUUGCAGCGACACGAGUAGGUGGUACUACACUUCAUCAUAGUUUUGGAGUAAAUAUUUAUGGAGAAUUUAUGCGACGUGCAGAAUUACGAGCAUAUGAUGUAAUUAUUGUAGAUGAAGUUUCAAUGUUAUCAAAAGAGUUGUUUGAAUCUCUUGAAUAUCAAUUACGUCGAGCUAAUGGUGUGGAUUUACCUUUUGGUGGAGUACAGAUUAUAUUAUGUGGAGAUUUUCUUCAAUUAGGGGCAAUCGCUUCAACUCCACUUGUUCAUUCCUCAAUAUUUAGACGACACUUUGCAAUGCUCAAGUUACAACAUGUGGUACGUCAAGUAGGAAAUAGUCUAUUUGUACAACAACUACAAGAACUUCGUCGAGGUGUUGUUCCACAUGAUUUACAAGAUACUGUUACAUUUUUGUCACCUGCUGAGAGUGCAAAAGCUAUGAAAGAUAAAGGUGAAGGUGCUGUAAAAUUGCUUCCUACAAAUAAAGAGGUUGAUGCCAUUAAUCAGAGAGAAUUGGAUAAAUUACAUGGAGAGUUAGCGGUAUUUCCAUCUCACCUUUGUUCUCCAACUUUGGCGGGUCGUUGGUCUGCUACUUACAUGUUACAAAUUCAGGAUGAGAGUAUGAAUAUAUCAUCUAAUAUAGAUAAACUAACCCUUAUUUUGGAGCAGUAUGUUCUUGAAUAUGUUAGUAAAGUACCACAUGCUUCCACCUUAACUCUCUCCCUGCUUGGUCAACGACAUAUUGUUCUGUAUAAACUAUUUGUAGACGCCUUUGCUUUUCGCGUUCGUAUUCCAGCGGAGAUGAAUGAAAAGGAUGAGGCGGGACUUGCCGCCCAUCUCCGCUCACUUGAGUCGUGGCUGCCAGCACAUGGUCUCGGCGUUUCACUGCGGGAGAUCAUCACAUCCCCCAACGGCCUCCACACAGACGCCGAUGAACACACACUCACACGCCAAGCCGCUCAUGCCCCGAUGGCGGCCCCACUGCGACUUAAAAGAGGCGCCCGCGUGAUGCUCCGCACGAAUCUCACAUCGGAACUCGUCAAUGGAAGUAUCGGCGUCGUUGUUGGAUUUACAGAACUUCGUCCAGGGAAACUACCACGUCACCUCGCCACACCCGCACGACUGGAAGCCAUGGAAGCAUAUAUUGACUCUCUAUUGUACGAACAUGGAUUUGAUGCCGCACUGGCACCAGAAGUUGAUUUUGGUGGAGGAAAAAUUGUUGUCGUGCCUCCCACAACAUUUACUGUGGGAGGACUCUCCAAUACAAAUCACUAUCAUAUGGGCAUCGUAGCGCUUCCGCUCAGUCUAGCGUAUGCGUUCACGGUGCAUAAAGUACAGGGACUCACUUUAGUAGGUCGUGUACACCUUGAAUUAUCCCGUAUGUGGCCUUGUGAACAUCUUCUUUAUGUUGCGAUGAGUCGUGUGCGUAACCCGGAGCAGUUGACCGUUUCAUCAUUCCAAAAUGAUUUAGUACGUUGUGCAACAGAAUGUUUACUAUUUGAUGAUUCCUUACCCACUGUUGAGAAAGUGAAGGUUCUGCCACACUUUUUCCAGUCUACAUGGCGUCGUACACCAGGUAGACGUAAAGCCUCCCUUCGGGAGAAACUUAGAGCUGAGGUAAAACGGCGGCAGUGGCAACAGGAGAAGGAAAGAGAAAUGGAAGAAAAUAAUGGGGAUAAUGCAAAAAGGCAAAAGACUACGCUAAAGAAAAAUGUGGACAUUAUACAAGAAGUUAUUUAG